AUGUCUCAUUUGUUCGUUUACGCCAAAUUUUAUCAGCAAUUGCAUGGCACCCCGGCUGGUUCGAUUCCAUCUAUUCCCGCUGCUCGCGGUCUUCAUCAGUGCGGGGGUUUAUGGCUUCCGGAACAGUUUGUCUUUUUGAUAUCGAUGGAACUCUUACGAAACCGCGGCAGGAAAGUUAUAACUCCGGAAAUGUACGAAUUUCUCUGUGAAUUAGACAAGAAGGUGACAGUUGGCCUUGUGGGCGGUUCUGACCUGUGCAAGAUUAGGGAACAGAUGGGUGGCUCCGCAGCACUGCACAGGUUCAAACAUGUCUUCACCGAAAAUGGCCUUGUCGCCUAUCGAUAUGAUCAACUCAUCUGUUCAAAGGACAUUGCGUCACAUGUGGGCGAAGAGUUGUUGCAAAGACUGAUAAACUUUAUUCUGCGACGCCUCUCAGAGAUCACGCUACCGGUUAAGCGAGGUACCUUCGUAGAAUUCCGCAAAGGCAUGCUCAACGUUAGCCCUAUCGGACGAAGCUGCUCUCAAGCGGAGCGGGACGCCUUCUACACCUACGACAAAGAACACAAAAUUCGGGAAACCCUGGUUGAAGUGCUUCGCAAGGAGUUUGGCGACUGUGAUUUGCAGUUCUCCAUCGGCGGGCAAAUCAGCAUUGACAUUUUUCCGACAGGGUGGAACAAAUGCUUCUGUCUCCGAUUCCUCGAAGAUUACGACACCAUCCACUUUUUUGGUGAUAAAACAAUGAAGGGUGGAAACGAUUUCGAAAUAUUUUCUCACCCAAGAACUAUCGGUCAUAGUGUUGUGGGUCCGGAGGAUACGAAGAAGCAGCUACAAGAUUUAUUUUUCUCAUGA